ACUCGCCCUCCACGCCUCGCCACCACGCCGCGCGCCUCGCUGCCGCCUGCCUGCCUGCCUGCCUGCCUCCCUCCCCCGUGACGCGCUCCCCGCGGCGACCGGGCGUCCCCAGGUCCCAGGAGGCAGGGCACCCCACGCGCCGCGCGCGCCCGACCAAUGUCCCUCCUCCACCCCGGGAAGCACGGUUUAUGGGCGGCCGCGCCCGCUCCCUCCUCCGCUGGCUCCGUCAUCGUUCCCGCCGCGUCUCCUCCUCCUUCCACCUGACAACCAACAACGACAACACCACUAGCAAAGACCUCCGCGCCCACUCGCUCCCGCACCAAUACCACGGGGAGAAGCUUGGAGAAGAGGACGGGUGGGAGGAGGUCGCCGAGGGCCCCGAGUCCGCGUGUGACGAGUACAUUGUGUUGCUGCAGUGGGGCGCGGGAACGCGCGCGCCGGUGCGCACCAAACCGCCACACAUGGAUCCGAGCAAGAAGGAGUCUGACUUCUUCACAGAGUAUGGUGAGGCAAGCCGGUAUCAGAUCAGUGAGGUCAUUGGCAAAGGGAGCUACGGUAUUGUUGCUGCCGCUGUCGACACCCAGACUGGUGAGCGUGUCGCUAUUAAGAAGAUCGUUGAUGUAUUUGAUCAUGUCUCCGAUGCCACUCGUAUCCUUAGGGAGAUCAAGUUGCUCCGUUUGCUGCGUCACCCAGACAUAGUUGAGAUCAAGCACAUUAUGCUUCCUCCUUCGAGGAGGGAAUUCAGGGACAUAUAUGUGAUCUUUGAACUGAUGGAGUCAGAUCUCCAUCAGGUAAUAAAAGCGAACGAUGAUCUCACAGCAGAACAUCACCAGUUCUUCUUGUACCAGUUGCUCCGUGGAAUGAAGUACAUUCAUGCAGCAAAUGUUUUCCAUCGGGAUCUUAAGCCCAAGAAUAUUCUAGCCAAUGCUGACUGCAAGCUGAAGAUUUGUGAUUUUGGCCUUGCUCGUGUGUCAUUUAAUGACACCCCAUCAGCCAUAUUCUGGACGGAUUAUGUGGCAACUAGAUGGUAUCGAGCUCCAGAAUUAUGUGGUUCCUUCUUUUCAAAGUACACUCCUGCUAUUGAUAUUUGGAGCGUAGGAUGUAUAUUUGCAGAAUUGCUUACUGGGAAGCCACUCUUUCCAGGGAAGAAUGUUGUGCAUCAGUUGGAUCUUAUGACUGAUCUACUUGGUACUCCUUCAGCAGAAUCCAUCUCUAGGAUAAGGAAUGAGAAAGCUCGACGAUACUUGAGCAAUAUGCGGAAAAAGCCCCCGGUUCCCUUUACUAAAAAGUUUCCAGGGGUGGAUCCUAUGGCUCUCCAUUUACUUGAGCGUCUUCUUGCUUUUGAUCCCAAGGAGCGACCUAGUGCUGCAGAGGCCCUGACAGAUCCAUACUUUACUGGAUUAGCAAAUGCUGAACGUGAACCAAUAACACAGCCUGUCUCAAAACUUGAGUUUGAAUUCGAGAAGCGGAAACUGGCCAAAGAUGAUGUCCGAGAAUUAAUUUACCGAGAGAUUUUAGAGUACCAUCCUCAAAUGUUGCAAGAAUACCUACGUGGAGGAGACCAUAACCAGAUGACCUUCAUGUAUCCAAGUGGGGUGGAUCGCUUUAGACGACAAUUUGCUCAUUUGGAAGAAGGCAUUGCAAAGGGUGAAAAAUCCAGUCCACAGCUGCGGCAGAAUGUUUCUUUACCAAGGGAAAGAGUAAUUGGCAAUAAACAGGGAGAUGGCGAGUACUGCACAAUGCUGAACGUAGGUGAUAAGCCAGCGCAUGCAUCAGUGACGGAUGGCAUAAGCCAACCGCUCUUGAGUGCUAGGAGCUUGCUCAAGAGCGAAAGCAUCAGUGCUUCCAAGUGUAUAGGUGAAAAACAAAAGCAGGUAAAAAAUGAGGAAUCUAUCACCGAGAGCAUGGACGAAACAGUCGAUGAAGUGUCGAAGAAGAUCGCUCAACUGAAAACCUGAUUUUUCUCAGGCUCACAGAAGCCAUCAUAUACAGUUCGUACAGCAGCAUGUUGGUAGGUUCUCAAGUUCAGAAUGAGCGUAUUACAAGUGUCUACAGCUAAUAAGACAACAAGUUGUUACGAUAGCUUUGUUAUGAUGUAAAUUUCCCCCCUAAUUUUCUGUGUUUUGACUGCAAAGAAGAGCUUCCUGUCGAACUGACUGAAUAGCUCGUGUUUUCCUGUGUGGAGCAAUCACCAGUCACGAUCCUGCAAAUUUUUUCAGUUGGAAGUAAAUCCUUUCCCGAAUCUAUCAAUUUUCCGAAGUCCUUUUUGGCUCCACGCUUGUCCUACAGUGUGAGAUGAUCCAAGCGGCCAAGAGAGCAAAAGGUGCAUGGCGGCGUGGUGGUGUCCAUGGUGGAGACGGCGCCCUGCCGCCCUCCGACGUCUCGUGGAAAUAGACGAUUAGAUGGCGCCGCGGCGGAGAAGAGGCUGAUUCGGUGUGCCGCUUUUUGGAGAGAGAGGGACCGCGCAGACGGCCCGCAGGGAUCGCUUCGGCCCGCUACGGGCUGAGG